AUGGUGGGACCUUGUCGACGAUGUGGGACAAUCGUUUGCAGGAAUUGCGCUAUCAAACCACCUGCUCAGAUCGUGCUCCGAGAUCGACAUCGGCGUCUCUGCACCAAAUGCGUCAAGGCACCCCUAGGUCAGCUUGUCAAGCCCCCAAUGCGCCCCGAGGUCCGCAUCGAUUCGGAUGAUAUGCAGCGCGCCAUCUGCCAAUGCGGCUCCUCUGGGGUCUGGCUGUGUUUCCCGUGCGGAAGGUCUAUCAGAAACGAAGAUAACACUUACCAAAGCGUCUGGAAGUGGCGCAACCAAUACACCGAUGUCCUCAGUGGUUUAGGAACGGGUAUCGGUGAUGGUGACCGCGGGGUCCAGUGCGGUCGUAACUCGCAGUGUUGCGGCGCCCGUGAGGUUGAGCAGGAAACGGACUAUGAUGCCGAGGCCGCUCGGGAGGCGGCAGACCAGCAGCUUCAACAGGACCGGCUUCGCGCAGGGCUCGGUUCUAGAAGUGGUAGCAGUGCUUCUACUUCGACGAUGGCGUCGGGUCUAUCUGCUGCCAGCAAUGCUAGUCUCAGUAGCUUGGCUAGCAAUGCGACAGGCGGCUCGGGUUCUAAUACUUUGGGGGGACUUUUGAGCUCAGGGUCAGACCACAUGCGCAGGACGCCAUCCCCAGCUAUGAAGGUUGGGUACGUGAGACACGAAGUCGAGGGUAUCGGGGGCGUUAUGAAGAAGAUUUCGGUCAAAAGGGUCAAGGUUGGGGCUUGCGUGCCAGAAUGGGACGAGGAGAGGCUGAAGGGUGAGGUAUUGGGAAGGGAGGUUCAAGGUAAGAGGAGGAGUUGGUGUGGAUGGUGCUCGCGAGUCAUUCCUGCGCAGGGUGAUUACGAGCUGGACAGGCAUGGGACCAGCGAUUGGAAGGAUGAGGACAGUAUUAGUUCUUGGAGGGGUAAAAACAAGGGCAAGGGGAAGGAGGCAGCAUAA